AUGGAUGUUAUUCGGGAAAAGCAUUAUAAUGAUGUUGCACGACGUAUAGAAAGUGGUGAGAUUUCUACAGGGACAGGCAAGAAUCAAGAAACAAGUUUAGCUCGACCGGGUGCUACACGGUGGGGAUCUCACUAUAGGACAAUCAACCGAAUUUUGGAAAUGUGGGAUGCGGUACAAGAUGUUUUGGAUGGUAUUAUAGAGGAUGCCAUGGAUUUUCAAAGUCGAGGCGUUGCUAAAGGUUUUCUUGAUAAAUCAACAAGUUUCGAAUUUGUAUUCAUUGCUCAUUUGAUGGUGAAGAUAUUAGCAAGCACAAGUGCACUGUCAGCGGCCUUACAAGAAAAGACUCAAAAUAUUGGCUAUGCUCUUGUGUUGAUUAAAUCGGUCAAGAAAGAUUUGAGAAAGUUGAGGGAGGAUGGUUGGGAGGAUUUAUUGAUGAAAGUCACAACAUUUUGUUCUGAAAAGGUAUUUUUGUGCCUAGCAUGGAAGAUCCUAUGCCGGGUCGGCCUAGUAGAUCUCAAAAAAAAGUGGAUGAUCAACCAAAGACUUAUUUACAUCAUUUUCGAUGGGAAAUCUUCUUUCAGAGAUUGUUUUGCAAGCUUUGAUGUUGAAAGACUACUCCGCCUCGCUCAGCUUUAUCCAAAUGAUUUUGAUGAUGAGCUCAAGCUAAAAGCAUAA